ACAAACGGGGCCGGGGCGAAACGGGCAGAAAGGCGUCUUCUUCUCGCUACAACAUUCGCACCGCUUUGACACCAAGCGUUUUAAGGAAAGGGCCAAAAAUCCGCGUCAAAGCGAGAAGACAGCGAAGUUAGCACCGCCGACUGAACCCGCCCCGGUGAGAGAAAAAAAAGGAUAAACGAACACAGAUGUCAGCGGAUUUCUCCAUCGCGAGCCUCACACCAAGAAGAUAAGACGUUUCGGCUCAUUUACAUGACUCCCGGUGCAAAAUGUUGGGGAAUAAAUCGCAGCUAAUCAUAUGACGUCCCCUGUUUCUGCCGUCUGUCUGCCCUUUAAAUAGAUAGGCAUGCAACAUUUAAAUAAAACCCGCAGGUCUAACAGGCAGCUCCUGCUUUCUUUCUGAUCCUCCAGUGUGCAGAACAAUGAACAUGGAGCCUAAGUAGCCUCAUAUAGGCAGAUUUAAGUGUUGCAAAUUGACAGUGAGGCGAGGAUUACUCCAGGUUACAUUGGCUCGUAGGGUCGCAGUGUGGAUACUCGGUUCAGGGAUAUCGGUUUGGCACAAAAAGGCAGCUCAUAGGGCGUUGAGAGAUUGAUGUGCAGCUCACAUUGGGAAGAGAAGCGACCUACGAGCUGGUUGGAAUAAGGGUCCCUGUUUCUGCCCCAGACACAGAGUUUCCAUGGAGGCAGGCUCGUCCCUCAGCCUCAAACGACGAUAUGAAGAGGUGGACAACGGCUCUCCAUUCUCUACACCUAAGGACUCCGACGAUGACAUCUCCAGCAGUGACAGCGCUGACAGCUGCGACAGCCUCAACCCUCCUUCCAGCACUACAUUUACCCGUAAGGAACAACAGGAGACACACGUUAAAGCCACCUCCAUCCUCAGGCAGCACAAGCCGUCACCGGGGGGGAAGCGAGUACGUUUCGAUGUGGUGACGGUGUAUUACUUCCCCCGGCGGCAGGGAUUCACCAGCGUGCCCAGCCAAGGGGGCAGCUCCCUGGGUAUGGCCCGUCACCACUCCUCCAUCAGACACUACACGCUGGGCGAGUUUGCCCGAGAACAGGAAACGAGCCACCGGCACACUUUGCGCCAGCACCUGCGCCAAGAGAAGCUCAACGCCCGCAAGAUGAAGCUGACCAGGAACGGCACGGUGGAGUGCGCCCAGGCAGACCUGCUGACUCUGGAGGAUGUAUCAGACGAGGACCUGGACGUGGACGGGGUGGAGGUGGACGACUGUUUCUUCCUCCAGCCGCUGCCCACAAAGCGCCGCCGAGCCCUCCUGCGAGCCUCUGGCAUCGCCCGCAUAGAUGCGAGGGAGAAAGCUGAGCUCAGAACCAUCCGCCUCUCCCGGGAGGAGUGCGGCUGCGACUGUCGCUUGUACUGCGACCCUCGCCACUGCGGCUGCAGCCAGGCUGGUAUUAAGUGCCAGGUGGAUCGUAUGUCGUUUCCAUGUGGCUGCUCCAGGGACGGCUGUGGCAACGUAGCGGGCCGCAUCGAGUUCAACCCUCUACGCGUCAGAACUCACUACCUGCACACCAUCAUGAAGCUGGACAUAGAGAAGAGGAGGAUGCUGAUACAAGGGACCGGGGACCAGUAUGCUGAAUCCGACCAGAUGUCCUCCCCCUCCUCCACUUGCCCCACCUCCCCGGACCUAUCCUCAGUCGCCGGCCUGGACUCUGAGCUGGAGGAGAGCGAGGUGCAGACAGUGGUCGAGGUUCAGGAUCUCCUGGCAGAGCAGGACAUCCUGGAGCGCGAGAACGAGACGGCGGUGUUGCACCUGCAGAGCGCGGAGGAGCAGGAGAGGAGGGAGAGGGAAGAGGCAGAGGGGGAGGCAGUGCAGCAGGAGCUGGGGGCAGGAGGUCUCACAGAGCAGCCUCUCUGUCUCCUCCCCGCUGCUUUGGGAGGGGAUCUGCCUGAGCAGGCAGAGGUGCCAGGUGUGGAGCAGGUCCUCCUGCAGGGGCCGUUCCCCACGGGGGCCACGGUGCUCUGCAUCACUGACAACCAGGAGGAGAGCCCCUCCGACCUCCUCAAAGACUCCACCUCUCUGCUCUACUAUCAGCUCAGUCCCAUAGAGCCGGGAGCCUUUGAGACCCUGCCCAGAGCCGAGGAGGCUGAACAAGAGGUGCGGGAACAAGAUUCGGGAGGAGAUGACAGGAAACAAGACAGAGGAGAAGAGUCGAAGGAUGGUACGCCUGAAGAGAUCACCUGCAGGCAGAGUUUGGGCAAGUCUUUGACCAAUGUGAUUCUGUGCUCAGAGGAAUGCGUGGCAGUGGUGGAGGAGAGGCCCUCGAGUCCCCAGCAGAGCCUUCCUGAGGUGCAGUGCCAACGGGAGUCGUGCCUGGAGGGAGAAAUAGAUCCACCGCCUCCUGAAGUUUAGUUCUAGCUUCUCUGCAGAUAUUUUGCACAAUAGCUUCAUCUAAGAUGAAAAAAAAUUACACAUUUAUUACUGCUAUCAUCAAGAAUAAUUACAGGUUGCAAUCCUUUGUAGUGACUGUCAUUGAAUUAUGUGAGCGUGAGUAUUACAAUACAUGAGGGAGGAGGGAUGCUGAAAGCACAUACAGAUCACUCCCUGGAAGUUAUAUGGAUGCAGUUACAAGGAAACAUUGUAUGUAAUUCUGUUGGGGGUGAUGAAUGCGGCCUUAAUGGAAAAACAUAAAAACACUUGUGUGUAGGAGUCAUUCGUCGAUGAGAAAGUACAGCAAGUAGUGCUUUGUUAAUUUCCAACGUAGCGAACAGAAAUCACAGCGUGUGAAUGCUGACAUAAGCCUUUAGUUUGGUGAUGUAUAAAGCUAUCAACACUAAACACAAAUUGUUUUUCAGUGCACAAGAAGCUGGUGACUUAAGAGACUCGCCGGCUCACGUUCCAUUACGGCAGACCAGUGCUGUAGUCAAGCCAAAUGAAGGCGUCUGAUAGUACCCUCCGCUGAAAAUAGACCUAAUAAUCCUGGAAAUACUUGUUUUUGUGUACUGUAUAUGCAUUUGCAAUGUGCAAGACAGCGCCGAGGUUGCUGCUUUUGUUUUUUUUUUAACGCACAUUGUGAACCGAGGGCAGCGGGUGUUGUGGCUCUGCUGUAAUGAAGGUAAAGCAACAGAGAGCAGCAGACUGACACUGGCCUUAGCUGUUGCUCUCGCUCACCUCGGGCUGCUCGUGCAAAUGCAGUCGAUUUGUCAACAGAAACCUAGUUUACCUGUAGUUACAAUGCCUAUGAUAUAAUUUCUUUGAGUAACGUGUCUUUUGUGGAUUAGAUACUGUUGGUUUGAGGUCCUCGCAGUCUUGUUUUUUGAGUGAAAGGAAAUGUUUCUUUCAUACUGCUACACUGUAAUGCCAUGUAGUCAGUCACGUCAAGUUACGAUGAAAUGCCAGGAUAGAUCUUCCCAGUCGUCUCCUCGUUUAAAGGGAUGGUUUGGAUAUUUUGAAGUGGGGUCAUAUGGGGUUCUUAUCCACAGUCAGUGUGUUACAUGCAGUAGAUGUUUGUCUGCACGCCCCCAGUUUGGAGAAGCAACAUGAGUGCCAAC